GUUUCAUUUCCGGUAUUAAGACCGCGGGAAAUCCUCUCCAUCAAAAUGGAAUUAAAAUGGGAAAAAUUAGAAUCAGAUAGCUGCCUAAGUCCACGGGAGGGUCAAUGUUCAUGUGUGUCAGGAAAUUCCAUGUUUUUAUUUGGGGGCGUUUUGCACACAGAAGACCUCAUAGAAACGAACGACCUGAUUCGAUUUUCAUUUGAUAAAAAGAAGUGGGAGAAGGUAGCUGUCUGUGGUAACCCUCCAGCCCCGCGGACAGGCAGCAGUUUGGUGGCUGUGGGGGACAGCUUGUAUUUGUUUGGGGGACUCAGUCACUCUACAGGAUGGUUGGAUGACCUCUACAAAUUUGACACAAAAACCAACACAUGGUCAGUUGUUAAGGGUGACGGAUCGGUACCCAGUACCAGAGACAAGUUGCAAGGUGUUGCCCUGGGUCCUCUCAUUUACUACUUCGGUGGGUUUGGUCCUAAAUCUACUGGUUUAGAAGAUGAUUCUGAUGAAGAGUGGGAGGAUGAAGAUAAUGCAGAUUUGCCAUCAGACCAAGAGGGGGUAGAAUUGGGCUGGUUCAAUGAUCUUUAUGUGUUUGACACAGUUAGCCAGAAAUGGUCACAGCCUAUGCAGAUGAACCUGGGGGUGCCCACAGCUCGAGCUGCUCAUGUUAUGUGUGCUGUGAAUAAGCAGCUGGUAAUCUUUGGAGGGAAGGACAUAGAGGCCCGCAAGAAUGAUAUUCACAUAUUCAAUACAGAAACGAUGAAGUGGAAUCUAGAUCUAGCGAUGAAAGUACAGGGACAGAAACCAGAGCCAAGGUCGUUCCACUCAGCUGUUGCCAUCGGUAACAAACUGGUUGUUAUAGGAGGGAGAGGGACUCUUCACCAGCAUUUCGCUGAUGUCCAUGUGUUUGACUGUGAAUCUUUUACCUGGUCUAGUAUGAAACAGGGUGGUACGGUCCCUGAGGGUAGGAGCCAGCAUUCCCUGGGGGUGAUAGGAAACUCGGUGAUAAUGUUUGGAGGAACAGCUGACUUUUGUCGGGAGACCAAUGCAUGCAACAAGUUCUUCACAGAUACCUACAUAUUCAGCACAGAUGAGAUCUCUAAGACACAGAGCCAGUCAUAGCAUCAACCUUUGGUCUGGUUUGUUCAGGGAUGAGGCAUUGAUGGACCUGGCAGCUAGGUAUCCAAGUCAUUCAUCUGUGUAUAUACAGCAACACCCGAUUCUGACUCUAAACACAAAACAACACAACAAACUUGCUGAGGCGUAGUUUCUAGAAACUUUGAAAUGUGUUUGAACCUAACCGGUAUACACAUGUAUAUGCAAUCUGUCUAAUUUAACAAAGAAAUUCAUGUUAUAUUCUCAUACUCAAUAUUUUAUUUUAAUAUACAUGUAAUAUUGUACAUGUACUUUACUUUUAUACAUAUAAUGAAUAAAUUUUUAUUGAA